AAAACGUAGAAGAAAUUUCUCCAGUUUAAGGAGGAGUAUUUCUUUCCUAUCAGGUUAUAUUAAUCUCCCUCUUCAAAUUCGAUUUCCCCAAUUUUCACUUCUUGUUGUUAAACCCUAGCUUUAACAAGAAAUUUUAUCAAUUAAUGGGGACUUUGUUGUUCUUCUUCAACCCCUCAGACUCAAAAUCAAGGAUGACUUGGGAUAAUAAGGCUAGGGAUUACACUGAGGAGGCUAAUGAAAUCAAUACAUUAAGGUACUUGGAUGAUCCAGAGGUUUUGCAGAAGUUGGCGCGGGCUAUGGUUUUUGAACCAAAUGUUGAUACUGAGGAUCAAAUUGCCGACGAAAGUAAUCCUGCGGCAAACAUGAGUGGAAACAAAUGAAAAAGACGCUCACAGAAAAGACCCUCAAAAAAACAAAGGAUUAGAAGGCAAAGGCACUUGGAUGAUCCAGAGAUUUUGCAGAAGUUGGCGCGGGCUAUGGUUUUCGAACCAAAUGUUGAUCCUGGGGAUCCAAUAGCCAACGAAAGGUUGUCAACCCUAUGUACUACCUCUGUAAUCACUAAUCCAACUCCCUUAUACAUGACAAACACAGAAGAGAAUUCAUUUUCUGAAAAAGAUAAGCCACAAAUGAGUUCUGACGUUCACCGUGAUACUCGAGAUGUAUUAGUUCUGCAUGCUAGUAAUCCCGCAGCAAACAUGAACGGCAAGAAACGAAAAAGACGCUCACAGAAAGAAAAGAAAAGACCCUCAAGAAAAGAUAGGAUUAGAAGGCAAAAGCAGGCCAAAAUAAAUCUAUUGUCAGGAAGUUGAUGAAGUUUGAUCAAGCAAUGAGUUGGUGCUUUGCUAUGUGCAUUGUGUCAUGGAUGCCACAGGUCUCCAACUGUCUUUGUGAACAUUAAGGGAAGUGAGAAAGUAAAAUGAGGUACAGACUAAAGACUUAAUAAUUUUGUAUUAUGCGUUUGGGGUUCCAAUGUGCUAUCUUGUACAUACACCACGCCUGUACUGUGAAAGACAUGUGCUACAUUGAGGUGCAGAGACAAUUGUAGCUGAGAAUCGGGAAGUCACUGACCAGUAUUGCUGAAUAUACAGGAUAUAAACAAGCCUAUUAUGGGGGGCUUGACUUUGUCAUCGCAUUGACCAAGGAAAUUUUGAGGCGAUGCUCUUUGCUUUUUCCACCAAACCAGCCAUGGGUGGGGAGGUUUUCUAUCAUCUCAGUCUCUAUUACCAACCCAUCCAGAAAGACUAUGUGUUCCAGAAGUGGAUUUUCUGCUGCAGAUUUCUUCUUCCAUGAUUGUUAUCGAUUCUGCACAAGAAGUUUGUAGUUGAGCAGUUGUAUUGAUUUAGAAAGCUCAUGUAGUUUCUUAGGUGCUGCAUUGUUGAUCGUUUGGAAAAACAACAGUCAGCUCAUAUCUUAUACUUGUAACGGCAAGGUUCAAGACAUGGGUAUUUGUAGAACUCUAAAAGGAAGCUCUUCGAUAAUUGUGGAAGAUAUAGCAGAUGUUGUGAGAGGAAUGUUAUCGACCUCCCAGGCAUCUGAAGUCCCAGAUGCAGGGUGGAGACCUCAUGGUGUACUUGUGGCACAUCUCCAGGAGCAUCGUGUGUCCGUGAAAGAUAUUGCCAUUCAGAUGAUCAUUGUUUUUUCGUCAUCAGAUCUGAUGAUUCUACUGCCAAGGUAUGGGAUACCAAAGAAAUGGAGAAGGAUAUCUCGUUUAGGUCGAGGCUCACUUACCCCUUGCAUGGGAGCCUCAUUUGAAGGGACGGUGUCCCUAGUCAGAGUGAUGUAUAUAGUACCCAGAAUUGUGGAAGAAAGGUGCCCUAAUACUUCCAUGUCCGCAACAGCAAGACCCAUUGUCUAUGCUGCUGCAGGUUGCAAUGGGGUUUCCUUGUGGAAUGCUGAAAAUGGAAGUUGCCACCAGGUAUUAAGACUGACCAACAGUGACGGUGAAGCUGAAAUGUCUGACCUUCCAUGGGCUUUAUCCAGGAACCAGAGGAUAGCCCCCACCAAAGCUUCCUGGAACCCGAUCAAUGCUUCCUUUACCUGGCGGGGACUUGUUAACAGGAGGAAUGGACUUGAAGAUACGCAGCGGGGAUCAUCUUUGCUUUGUUUAAUUUUUGAGAGUAAGUUAACUGUGCUGAUCAACUCUGGUGAUUGUUGCUUUUGCAGUCGUGAUUGUAGUUACCGCAUGUGUGGACCAAUGUUAAAAGGAAUUAGAAAAAUGAGGACCUCUAUGAAACCAGAUAUAUCUAGUUCCGGGGUGUGGGUAGUGCAGGUAUGUUUAAUAAUUAGGGGAUUUUAGUCGAUUGAUUUACAGUAGCUUCAUCAUAAAGAAGGGGGUGGUACCUUGUUCUGUGGUAAAGAGUCAAGACCACAUCUGAAUGAUACUCUAUGGACGUCUCCAGCUCAAGCUAUCAUUGUUUGAAAAUACAUGUCUAAAAGACCAGUCAAUAAAGGCUAGAGCUUUAAGUUUGUUGUGCACAAAAUUAUACUUCUUCCGUUUUAGGAAAAAUGUUAUUUUUACUUUUUCAGUUUGGCCCAUUUUUAGGCAAAAAUGAAAAUGUGAAAGUAUCUAUUUUCCUGAUAUUUAACUGAUCUAAACCGAGCAUUUUGUGUCCAUAUGAAAAUGGAAAUAUGUAAACUUUUUUGUGUUUGAAAUAAGAUUUGAUUUAUUUUUAGUGGAGUUAUCUUGUGGAACUAAGUCAAAUGUGUAAAUAUGAUUUUCGUUCUUCU